CCUGCCCGGUCACAUGGGGAAGCCGCGACAGGAACCGAGCGCGGCCGCGGCAGCACCGGAGAUGCAGCUGGAAGCCCCCCCGGCCCCCGCCGAGCCCCCCGCCCUAUUGAAGACCUACCGGUGGCGCACGGCGACCCCCGGGGGGGACCCCGAAAAACUCGGGGGGUCCCCGGGGAGCCGGCGCUGGGCGCGGCUGCAGGGCUGGAAACGCUCCUACAGCCACCCCGACACUGUCGGCGACAAAAUCGGCGACAGAGCCGGCGACAGAGCUGGCGACAGAGCUGGCGACAGAGCUGGCGACAGAGGUGGCGACAGGGGUGGUGACAGAGGUGUCGCCAAAGCCAGCGCGCGGCGCUCGCUGUUCCGGAGGGCGUUCUCCGCCCCCUCCAAG